UCUUCACAGAACAGGACGAGCAGGAAGACAGAGCGGUGGACUGUCAGUGAGCUGAGGUGAAAAAUGAAGAAGACUCUGAUGGUGUUUGAUUUUGACCACACUGUGGUCGACGACAACAGUGACACCUGGGUGGUCAGAUGUCUUCCAGAUCAGACUCUUCCUGACUCUGUGAAGAAUACCUACAGAAAAGGCCACUGGACUGAGUUCAUGGGCAGAGUGAUGAACUACAUAGGAGACCAGCAGGUCAGCCCCGACAGGGUCCGCAGUGUGAUGGAGAGCAUCCCCUUCACACCUGGAAUGUCAGACCUGCUGACGUUCAUAUCGGAGCACAAAAGCACCAUCGACUGCAUUAUCAUCUCUGACUCCAACACCAUGUUCAUAGACUGGAUCCUCCAAGUGUCUGGAUUCCAGGCAGCUGUCGAUCAGGUUUUCAGCAACCCGGCUAAGGUCAGUGACCUUGGGUACAUGGAGGUGCUGCACCACCACUCUCACGAUUGCAAGCGUUGCCCUGUAAACCUCUGUAAGAAAAAGGUCCUGGAGCUGUACCUGUCAGAGCAGGCGGAUGGCGGCGUGGAGUACGAGCGGAUAUUUUACGCAGGGGAUGGUGGGAAUGAUCUCUGUCCUUCAACCUGUCUGAGAGGGCAUGAUGUUGUGAUGCCCAGGAGGGGGUACGCUCUGGAAAAACUGCUGGCCAAACUGGAGAAACAGAAAGAUAAUGCUUUUCUAAGAGCUAAAGUCAUCAUCUGGAGCAGUGGUAUUGACAUCCUGGAGGAACUGAAAGCCAGUAUGCAGUUGUAGCCUGAGCCAUGGAGUCCAAAACUUGAUCAACUUCAGUUGCAACUGAAAUAUUGCACUUUUACUGAGUGUGUACUGUAGACGACAAAUGCUGCUCCUCUUGUUUAAAUUUUUUAAAAUAUGAAGACAGUAUUUUUAAUUUUUAAAGUACAAGGUUGUCCGUAAAAUUAUUUUAAUUUUAGGUACAAAUCCUUGAAAUUUGUCGAUUUGUCUGCAGUAAAUUGUAUCUUUUCAUUAGAAACAGUAAUUACCCCCUCAAACAAGAUUGGACUUUCAGUUUAAAUUAAGGAUUUGUCUUUUAUUCAGAGGUAAGAAAUAGAGGCAUCUGUGCCCAGCUACAAUAUAAUAAAGUACAAAAACAAUGUCUACACUGAAAUUCAGGGAUCAAGGUUUACAGAAAAAGCCCUGCCUGAGACAGCAGGUUGACUGACGAGGCAGUAUAUAUUAUAAUGAUAACUGGUGCUGUAAAAGUAACCUCUUAUAAAUAGAUUCUGCCAACAACAUUGAAAUACAAUAUUUUAUCCACCACAUGAGUGCUUAAUGUCUUUACAGUAUGUUUAUAAGUAAGAAUGUAUCAAUAUCAGUUAUGCUUGGAGCCUUCACAGAGCACUUAAGCUACAUUUUAUAGUUUUAAAAACAAAUACACUUUAUGUUUUUACCUGUAAGGGUUCAGUGGUAAUGUUUUUUUUCUUCACUUUUCUGGUUAGAGAUCUACUUCCGCAAAGUCAGUUUUUACUUGCUCCUACAGUUUGAAAAAUGACCCUGUUUUAUCCGCCUUGCUCUCAGAUUUGCAGCAAACUGAAAUGCUGGAUUGCACUUCAGCUCAAAACCUUUGUCUUUACCCGUCACCAUUUUAUCACAAGUGCCAGAUCAGUGCUGUACAUGUUCAGCUCCCAACAGAAAUGAGAAGGAAGCAAUGGCUCCCUCCUUCACUACUUGUAUCACCAGCUAUGGAAAAAAAACAAUCAACUUAAUUCUUUUUACACCUGCCCAUUCGUAAGAGUGAGCUAAAUUGCUUGAAUUGCAAUAUGCCUUUUUUUAUUUACUUAUUUAUUUAUUUUACUUGACAUAGCAGCAAAAGCACAGGUGUAACCCAAAACAGGCUGAAACUGAAGCAGCUAAAUUGAAUUAAUAAUUUUAUUAUUUACACUAUGACAUGUGAAAUGUCAAACUUGAGCUAAAACAAUCUAAUGCAAAUUAUUUUAAAUAUAGCUGUAGAUGCUGGGAACAUCUCUGGCUUUCAUUGAUUUUAACUGUUUUACAUCUCAGGUCUGUUGUAGUCUACAUGUGAAGCUAUUGAGAUUGUUUAAACCAGGUUUGUAUGAACCUGAUCAUAUUUACUCUGAGUGGCAUAAACUUCAACUAACAAGAAGUCCAGUUUUUUUGUUUUUUUUUUUACCAAUACCCUUCAGGUUUACUGAGUUAUGUGAGAAACCUUCCUGCAUAUCCAGAACUGACAGUUUUACAUUCAGCCAUGCCUCAUACAUUUGAGAAGGUUUCAGGUUUUAUUUAGUCAUAUUUUCCAGAUAGCUGGAUAGGCUUGGUAAUAUGUACUGACUAUGAGAAACCUGGACAGGGUGUUGGGUCUCCAAUUUAUAUAUUCAUGGAAACAUAUACAUUUUGAGAUUUUGUUUGUCAGUCAUGAAGCAACAUGCAAAAUAUUAUGUGUUUAUUUUUAAUCUUGUAACUCUGAUGAUGCAAUUAAAACCAGAAACCUCUCGGA